AGGUUUCUAGGAGGCGAGUGCGGACGGUAUGCAAAGUUGUGACUCCAGUGGCGACAGUGCGGAUGACCCUCUCAGUCGUGGCCUUCGGAGAAGGGGACAGCCUCGUGUGGUGGUGAUCGGCGCGGGCUUGGCUGGCCUGGCUGCGGCCAAAGCGCUUCUGGAGCAGGGCUUCACGGAUGUCACUGUGCUCGAGGCUUCCAGCUGCAUCGGAGGCCGAGUGCAGAGCGUGAAACUUGGACACGCCACCUUUGAGCUGGGAGCUACCUGGAUCCAUGGCUCCCAUGGGAACCCCAUCUAUCAUCUAGCAGAAGCCAAUGGCCUCUUGGAAGAGACAACUGAUGGGGAGCGCAGUGUGGGCCGCAUCAGCCUCUACUCCAAGAAUGGCGUGGCCUGUUACCUUACCAACCGUGGCCGCAGGAUCCCCAAGGACGUGGUUGAGGAAUUCAGCGAUUUAUACAACGAGGUCUAUAACUUGACCCAGGAGUUCUUCCGGCAUGGUAAACCAGUCAAUGCUGAGAGUCAGAACAGCGUGGGGGUGUUCACCCGGGAGGAGGUGCGCAACCGCAUCAGGAACGACCCUGAUGAGCCGGAGGCCACCAAGCGCCUGAAGCUCGCCAUGAUCCAGCAGUACCUGAAGGUGGAGAGCUGUGAGAGUAGCUCACACAGCAUGGAUGAGGUGUCCCUGAGCGCCUUUGGGGAGUGGACGGAGAUCCCAGGCGCCCACCACAUCAUCCCCUCGGGCUUCAUGAAGGUUGUGGAGCUGCUGGCGGAGGGCAUCCCCGCCCAUGUCAUCCAGCUGGGGAAGCCGGUCCGCUGUGUUCACUGGGACCAGGCCUCGGCCCGCCGCCGAGGUCCUGAGAUUGAGCCUCGGGGCGAAAGUGACCACAAUCACAACUCCGGGGAGGGCAGCCAAAGUGGAGAGGCGCCCCCCGGGGACGGGGAGGAUGAGGAUGCGCAGUGGCCGGUGAUGGUGGAGUGCGAGGACUGUGAGGUGAUCCCGGCCGACCACGUGAUCGUGACCGUGUCGCUGGGCGUGCUCAAGAGGCAGCACGCCAGCCUCUUCCGGCCAGGCCUGCCCGCCGAGAAGGUGGCUGCCAUCCACCGCCUGGGCAUUGGCACCACCGACAAAAUCUUUCUUGAAUUUGAGGAGCCCUUCUGGGGUCCCGAGUGCAACAGCCUCCAGUUUGUGUGGGAGGACGAGGCGGAGAGCCGCACCCUCACCUAUCCGCCGGAGCUCUGGUACCGCAAGAUCUGCGGCUUCGACGUCCUGUACCCGCCAGAGCGUUACGGCCACGUGCUGAGCGGCUGGAUCUGCGGGGAGGAGGCCCUCGUCAUGGAGAGGUGCGACGAUGAGGCGGUGGCCGAGAUCUGCACCGAGAUGCUGCGGCAGUUCACUGGGAACCCUAAUAUUCCGAAGCCUCGUCGAAUCCUGCGCUCAGCCUGGGGCAGCAACCCCUACUUCCGGGGCUCCUACUCAUACACGCAGGUGGGCUCGAGUGGGGCGGACGUGGAGCGACUGGCCAAGCCCCUGCCACACACCGAGAGCUCCAAGACAGCGCAUGGAAGCUCCUCAAAGCAGCAGCCCGGUCACCUUUUAUCUUCCAAGUGCCCAGAACAGUCCCUGGACCCUAAUAGGGGCUCCAUAAAGCCCAUGCAGGUGCUGUUCUCGGGCGAGGCCACUCAUCGCAAAUACUACUCCACCACCCACGGUGCUCUGCUCUCUGGCCAGCGCGAGGCUGCCCGUCUCAUAGAGAUGUACCGAGACCUCUUCCAGCAGGGGCCUUGAGGGCCUCCUCACUGCGCAGUGUGGUCCUCAAAGAACCACUAACUCGUGACCACCAGCCCUGCCGCCUUGCUGUGUCCUCCUAAUUCCCUAAUCUUCUGUAGAAUGGGUUUUCAUCGUUCGUAGAGUAGACACCCUGACUGCUUCAGACCUGGCUCUGUAGCUCUUCCUUUUCUCCAUGCCAGGUCUUGCCCAGGGUGGGGCCUGCUGAUUUACCUCUGUGCUCUGACCUCUGACCUCCCUGUGCCUCUCCUCCCCUCCUGCCUUGUCAUUGUAAGUGCCUUCAAUACUUUGCAUUUUGGGAUAAUAAAAGAGGUUCGCCCUUCCUG